AUGAGAUUUGUGAUAGGGUUUACCGGACUUCAAAUAAAACCGUUCCAGAGACUGUGCAAAGAUAACAAAUCGAUAGAAAGUCACAAUAAUGGUCUGAAAGCACCAAUGAAAUGCUCAACACCCUGGCAAGAUAAGAAAUUUGGAUAUGUUCCCCAUGCCAAAACUGAAAGAGCAAAGUUCCUUAAUGAGAAUGUUCUUCCCUAUUUUUACAAGAGCCAGUGGAAAUGGUCAGAAAAUGCCAGAAGUCUUACCCAAAAAUUUCAUUCAGAGGGAAGAAGACAGUAUGAUCUUCAUGUGCAGCUGAAGAAAUUACAAGAAAGUCUCUCAUCAUUGAUAAGAAAGUUAUCAGAAGAUCCCUUAAAGCCUAACGACCUCAAGGCCAUAAUCUACAGAAUCGAGCAAAUCGAACACCCUGGGGAGAAAGUUGACAAAUGUAACGAGCUGAUAAGGCAGAAUGAUGAAAAAUGCUUCACCAAAUCUGGGAAAAUUCAGUCUGGAUAUGAGUGUUCUCAUAGCUUCAAUGAAAAGUGCUACAGUGAUAUAACAAGCUUGAAGAACAAAAUAGUAGAUGCACUAUCCAGGAUGCACAAUAGGGCAAAAUCAAGGAAACGUCGUCUUGAGCGCCAAGAAGAAAAGUGUAAGAGGGUGUUUAAACUUGUCACUCUUUCAACAGUUACAUGCUGCUAUGGAGACACAGCUUAA